AAAUCUGCCACUGCACCACUGAGAACAAGGUCUGGAUCAUCCAGACGAUGGUAUUCCCGGCUGCAAUGAGUCGGUUUGGAAGCUGGACAGUGCAGAAAGCUGGUAGGAAGAAACUUGAUGCAUUCGAAAUAGGGUCCUGGAGGAGAGCGUUGGGCCUACAGGGAAAGAAGGUGGGUCCUGGGUCAAAUCAAGCCGGAGCUUUCCCUAGAAGCGAACAUGCCAAAACGGAGGCCCAUCCUGUGAAGGCAAAACUCUCCGAAGAAGGCAAUCCUGUUAGGGAAAGUCGAAGGCAGGAGACAAAAGGGAAGGCCAAAUAUCAGGAGGACUGAAUCCACAGCCUUGAACUUGGCAGAGCUGCAUGUAGCUGCACGGACAAAUGGAGAGGACAUCUUGGAGGGCCUUCAUGCGAAGGGUCACCACAAGCCACAGACAAGUUGACAGCACAUGACAACAGCACCAAACAAAACACGGCAGCCGAACCCCCGCCAACAAACCACCCAGGCGAGCACGCACGCUGCAAGGAAAGCAGAGCUGGGGGCAGGCGGGGGGGGGGGCGUCGAUGUGGUGGUGCUCUCGGUGAAAUCGUCGGCUGACUCCGGGCUGAGCGGACGGGGGCGUCGAUCCGAGCAGCAGAGCCAUGGGGCAGGCGGAAGAGUUGAUCCGGAUCGCGAGAAAGUUGGAUAAGAUGGUGUCCAGGAAGAGCGCGGAAGGAGCUCUUGACCUGCUGAAGAAACUUAACAACUUUACAAUGACCAUCCAGCUGCUGCAGACUACAAGAAUUGGUGUGGCUGUCAAUGCGAUCCGCAAACACUGCUCGGAUGAGGAGGUGGUAGCCUUGGCGAAAAUCCUCAUCAAGAACUGGAAGAGGCUGUUGGAGUCAUCAGGGACCCAGAAGAGUAAAAAGGAGAAACAGAGAGACAAAGAGAUUGAAAUCCCUAGCUGGAAAGCUGAAGAUACAGAUUCCCAUUCGGCAAAUCCAUGCAAAAGUCCCGAUGGGAAGCCAAAAGACCGGAAACCGAGCAAGUCUUCAUCUCCAGAGGCUGUGCCAAAGAAUUGCUCCUCCACGGUUUCCAAGCCAGACAGGAGGAACUCAGAGGACUCCCGGUCUUCCGUCUCCACUGCUGCUUCUGCUUCCUCAUCUGCUUCCUCUCCCAAGAGACCGUCAGCGGACAGGGCAGCUUCCACAGGCUCCAGUGCAGCCACGUCUACGGGCUCCCGGAAAAGCUCUGCUGAUGGCAAAGAGGAGAGGUCAAUCAGCAAACCUCGACCGGAGACACCCAAGACGCCCACCAGCCCCGUCACUCCGACAUUUGCACCUUCCAACUGCUUCUUGGCAUCCUGCUACCUGACCGGGGACUCCAUCCGGGACAAAUGCAUCGAGAUGAUCUCUGCGGCUCUGAAAGUAGAUGAUUAUUACAAGCAGUUUGGAGUCAAUUGUGACAAGAUGGCAGCUGAAAUUGAAGAUCAUAUCUACCAGGAGCUGAAGGGCACGGAUAUGAAGUACCGGAACCGGGUGAGGAGCCGGCUUAGCAACUUGAAGGACCCCAAGAAUCCUGGCCUGCGCCGGAAUGUGUUGUGCGGGGCCAUUCCCCCCAGCCUCAUUGCCAAGAUGACGGCAGAGGAAAUGGCUAGUGAUGAGCUGAAGGAACUGCGGAACGCCAUGACUCAGGAAGCCAUCCGAGAGCACCAGAUGGCCAAGACUGGAGGCACCACGACCGACCUCUUCCAGUGUGGCAAAUGCAAGAAGAAAAACUGCACCUACAAUCAGGUGCAGACACGGAGCGCUGAUGAGCCCAUGACAACCUUUGUGCUGUGCAACGAAUGCGGGAACCGCUGGAAGUUCUGCUGAUGUUGCUUGCGGCUGCAUGCCAGUCCCCGACGGAGGAAAUGGUGUCCUGUCACAGCCAAAGAAAGGGGAAACCCUUUGAAAUGUCCACUGAGGAAAGAAAAGAAGACAAUGGGGGAAAUCGGAAAGGUGAAGGUGUCGGUUUCAGCGCCAUAUUGGAUUCACCAAAUUGCAACAGGAGUGCAGUUAGUCACUCGAAGGGCAGAAUGAUUUGGCAAUAAUUUUGUAGUGUUACCAUUGACUGGGUUGUGUGUUUCUACUGCAGAAGCUGAGAAUUUACUCCCGACUACAGAGUGCAGAAUUCCACUUCUAAGAUGCCUUCAUUUUUUGUUUUUUUUUUUAAAUAGGUUUCUAGCCCUCAGGGCUGCAAGACAGGUUUGAAAGGGCAUAUGCAGGUAACAUGUAAAGAAAUCAAAGCCAGAGGUGGAGGCAGAUCAAGAUUUUAAGGUCUGUAGCAGAUGAAUCACAAGUCGCCUGUGUACUAUUUUCGCUCCUCUGCAUGACUUACUUGGAUCACAAAAUCCACCUUUCCUUUGUACAGAAAGUAGGCAACUUUAAUUUUUUUUAAAGCACAGAAUAUAUGCACCGUUUGGAUUCUGUAAUGAAGUGGUUCUUCAGGCCUUUAGUUUAGCAAGCGCUGUUGAUCAAGCAUCUGGCAGGAAGCGUCUUUCAUGCUCUGGUCUUCAACUGUCGUGUUGACCAUCCCAAAGAAUCACACCCUGAACUCAGGUGGCCACAGCUGUGACAACACAACCCCUUUAUGCAUUUUCUCUGAAUAUGGGGGGAAAAAGACAGCGGGUUUUCAGACAAGAUGGAUGUUAAGGCCUCCUGUAUUUUUAAUCGCAGAAGAGAGAGUUUCAACACUUGGAGUUUCUCUCCUGCCACACAUGAUGUGCUUUCAGUCACCACAUUUUGGCCAUGAGCAGGUCUCCUCUCUCCUGCUCCUGGUUCCAAACCUCAGGCAGCCUUUUAAAUGCAGCUCUUUUAUUGCGUCUCCAGAGAUAGCAGAGCAGUUUGGGCUCUGAAUGCCUUCUCCCAGAUCUGAAAGGAGAAGCCUCUCCUCACGGAAAGAGUUUGAACCCAAACAGGAGAUUUCCCCUGGCCCCUCCCUCCCGGUAAAGCUUCUGGCUCCACACUCAGCAAAGGGUGGCUCUUUACUGUCUGAGGGCCAGAUGGCACAUGGUGAAGCCCCUCCGAACUGAGCUCCUUUCUUCUCUUGAUGCCUCCCCACUGGGCCCAGGUCUGGCUCUCGCACCUGGAACUGGCUCUCCCCUUCCCCUCCUGAAAUCCUUCCCUCCUCUCCCAAGACAAGCUGAGCAACUUCACCAAGCAGCCCUGAAGGAGCUUCGACCGUGUGGGCCCCCUUGCUCUUUCUGUUCAAAAUCUGAUGGCGACUCCCACGGAGCCGUCUGCCGUGCGGGAGAGGCGGCCCCACGUUCUGCCACUCCAUCACUGCUUGCUUUAUGCCGGGAGUUCGACUGUUGACUUGUCUGGCCGCCUGUCGAUUCUUCUGGCUGGCAGGGGCAUCACAGGUUCCUUCCAAGUUCGGCUCCUUCCUGAGACACAGAAGAUGGUGGGUGAGGCUGCAGGGCUGCAUGUGAUCACACUUGGGACACAAGCUGGAGGAGAGCCGUGCCCAGGCAGCCUGCUCCACCCGCCCCCCAAAGAUGAGUAGGCCCCAUCCCGCGGUGGGUUGUCAGGGGUGAGCCUUGGUUUAGAAAAUGGUCGAAGGUGGUUACUGACGGUAUGGCAGCUGUGCGAGUCUGGUCCACGGGCUCCCCAGGAGGCCAUGCCAACUUCACCCCGACAGGUUGGUGGCUUCCCAAUUUCCCCCGAUCUGAACGGUUGGGAUGCCUCUCCCAAGGCCUUGGUACCGGCAAGAAGUACGUUAAGCUGAAAAGACCUGCACCGUUGGCCCUGCCUUCUUUGCCUUGGCCCCACCAGCAUGUGGGGGUGGUCCUCGAGAGCUGCUCCAAAACAGAAUGCAAUCUGUGGGCUGGAAGGGGUUCAACACCCCCACUUGAGGAGAUGACCGUAUUGCUGGUGGGGUCAGUCAUUGGGCACCGAACGGGGCCACCUCAAGAUCCGAGGGGAGGACCAAGGAAAGUGGCCUGGGGGCUCCCCCCCCCACCCAGCCCAUUUGCUCUUCCAGCUGUAUGUGUACCUGGCAAAACGGGAAAGCUGCACGUGCUCAUUUCCCACAAUGCCGCAGGGUGACACUUCAGCUAAUCCAGGGCGUGGCAGGAAGAUCAAAAUGGCGGACAGCUUCCAAGUGAACUAGCCGACUGGGCAGGUGGGUGGGCUCUGUUGGGGCCCCAGUAAACCACCAGUGGCCCGUGGGUGUCGGAGAAAGGCAAACUCCAUCAAACGUGCGCCAUUACUAUAUGAAAGGAAAUAGGAGUAAGGCGGUAUUUGAACCCUUCUUUCCAACAUCUUUAAUGUUCCUGGACCGCACCAGGCACUGGGCUGGAAUGAAUUUGCCCUUGAACUGUGUCAGCUUGCCCUUGAUGGCCACAAGCAUUAAUGAAUAAACUCCGAUUGCUCUCCUGUC